AUCGACUGGACCUUCACCUGAUUCUCGAGGAGUGGACGUUGAAAUCACUGCCACAAAAAGCCAGACAAUUCCCACUCCAGAGCGCUCAGCGUGGUCACCAAUUGAGAAACUCUUGAACAGUUCUCGGGCGGUGGGCCUCCAAUGGACGGAACCAUUGAAGAGCGGAGAGCUUUGGUUCGACGCGUACUGAAUCUAGGCCUCAUUUACCAGGAAACCACUGACCGAGAACAAGUCGAGAAGACAUCCCUCUUGGAAGUAGCAUUCUGUCUUCAGAUUCCAACCAAUAAUCAUGAACUCUUUGGGAUGGAAGAGCCUUUUGAUGGUGUGCACCUUGGUCUCCGUGGGUGAGUGUGCCACUGGUGCCGUUUCGUGUGGCAAUUGUCGGGCCCCAAAAUUUCAAGACCGGGAAUUCUAUCUCCCAUUCUGCGCGGAAGAUCAAGAGGGCAAUCAAGUCACUCACAAGAAUGUGUGUGAUGCGAUCUGCUCAGGGAAAUUUACCAAAGGCUCUUGCGAUGGUUGUGAGACGGAGUGUACGGCCGUGUUCAUGCCCGUGUGUUCUCUCGACCAAAGGCAAUUGUUUGCGAAUUCAUGCCAUGCCAAAUGCUCAGGUCUGGGCGAGGAGGAAUACAAGGAUUGCGAGGGAUUGAACAUUGUCAUUCCGGGCAAGACGAAGCUCCCGCCUAAUAACCUUUUGCCCAAAAGGCUCCAGAACUCAAUCCUGAAGAACACCCAUGAAUUGAACGAGGAUGACCUCGACCAAUCUGCUACGAACGAGGAUCAAGACGUUUAAAUUAAUGGCAAAUAUUUGUUGUAACUCUCAAUAAAAGGUCCCAAAUAUUGGGUAAACACGCGA